GGUUCCCGAUUUCUAUUUUUUCAUUUUCUUUCCUUAUUGGCGUAAAGGUUUAUGGCCCUUUCAGUAACACUUUGUAGCUUUUAGCAAUUGGCAUGGCGUCUACAUCAAAGAAAUGGGCACGGGACGUCUAUUUCGUUGCGUCCAGGCUAUACUUUCUUCUAAUACUUUUCCAAGUCCCCCUUUUCAGAUUCCCGUGUAGAAUUGGUACAUGUACCACACCAAUUGAGGUGUCACUGUCUCUAUUGUACGCAAAUGGAAUCGUUUCGGGAGGUAUGGUAAAAACCCUGAUUUACCCAGGAGCCGUAGCAAAGGCCAUUUAUAAGAACAACGCCAUUCCAAGCUAUGGAAAGCUUCUAGAAGCCUACAAAUUCACCAGCAUAAAGGAAUCUCACGUAACACAUGAUCUCCAGAACUUAGAGGUUAUAGUAGGUAGUUACUUGUCGGUGGCAGGAGCACUUUUGGGUCUAAUGAAAUCAGGGAGAUUUGGUCUUACUGGAAUCCUUCUCAUCACAUGGGGUCUUGACAAGCAAGUACUUUUUAGGAAUUCCACAAGUGUAGUCAUAUACCCAACUAUGCUAAUUGCUUUGCUUUCUGCCUUCUUUUCUAUCAGAGCAGAUGUCACAAGGGUGAUACGUUUCUCCAAACAACAGGCCUCUUUUAGAAAUGAACAAAAGAUAACUAGAGUUAGAUAUACUAGCUGAUUGAUUGCCACUUUCUUAUUAUUUUUUUGUCACAUGUUUAGGAUGAAACACCUUUUGAUCAACAUUUCUUCAUAAAAUGAUUACUAUAGUGCAGUAAUUUUGAUGCUGACAAGUACCAAAUGCUGAGUCAGAGUGGCACUUGUAACAUGAGCCAUUGGUGCAUUUAUUUUCAUACCUCAAUCAUGGUGACGAAGUACUUUGUUUCCUAUAAAAGUCUUUGCUUUUCUAUUUUUCUUUCUUGUAGUGUCAUUAGUCCUUACUUAUAGAGAAAAUUAAGUAAACACAGUAGGUCCCGUCUUGUUUGUACAGUUAGAAGUUUGUUUUCUUUUAAAAUUAUAAACACCUGCAAUUUAUAUACAGAAGAAACAUUGAUAUCAAUAAGAAUUGUGAUGGAAUGAUCAUUAUUUCAUCAUUUUUUAACGUGUUUAAAUUUACGAUAUGAAGUUGUAUUUGUUAGAAAUGGAAGAUGACCAAAAAUAUAGCAUAUUUUCAUUUUUCAAUAGAGAAUCUAAUGUGGGCGUAGCCCCCACUUUGUGAUGAAUCAUAUGGGGGGACCCAGCGGCAGCA